AUGUCUGACAAUGACUCUGACAACAACAACAACAACAACGAGAACAAUGCAACAUUGAGUCAUAAUCAAUCAACGACCAGAAUAGAUAUCUACUUGAUUGGUCAUCAAGGCUUUGUUUGGAAUGCACAAGAUGUAGAGACAUUGAGAUUCAAGCAUCGUAUUAUAGGCUGUUUGAUUGGAUGUGUUGCAUCGUCCAAUGUAUUGGGUGGUACAUUACCUAUGAUGCUGUCAUACGAAGAGACAAGAUUGGGAAUGGAAAAGGGUUGGAUAAGGCUAUUGGACCAAGGUACAAUGUCUGCACCGAUGCAAGCUGAACUCGAUCAAUUGGUCCUAUCAAAGCAACUUGACUCUGCCAAGCAAGUUGAAGAACUAAUUGAAAAGAAAAGACAGAGAGAUCAACAGUAUAGAGAGCAGCAACAGCAACAACAACAACAAGGUGAUGUUGAUGAUGGUGUUGAUGUAAAGGAGAGGAAACAAAAGAAACAAAGACAAGACUCAGGAUCAGCAACACCGAACGGUGUUGUAGCCAAACAAAACUAUGAAGCAAUGGUACAUACUACAUUGUUUACAUCUGUUGCCGACCUGCUCAAAGACUCGACCAGAGAGACCUACCUUGCAUGUCACUCCAACUGGCGUCAACAACAUGCUGCAGAGAUCAAGGAGGUCUGUGAUAUCAAGCGUUUGAUGAUGUAUGAUCAAGAGUCCAACAACAAGUCUAUAGACCACGACCUCGAACUGAGAUACAGAGUGUUCAAGGACCUCUGGGAGAAGGGCUACUACCUCACCAAUGGCACCAAGUUUGGAGGCACCUUUCUGGCAUAUAUUGGCGAUCCGCUUCAUCAUCAUUCAGAGAUGAUCGUUAUUGUCAAGAGACCGACACAACAAGUCUCUUCACUAGAGUUGAUAUCAAUGGCGAGGCUAGCAGUCAAUGUUAACAAGACUACAUUGUUGGCAACAACCACAAUUGUCGACAAAGAUGAUGGUGAUGACCACCACCAAAACGUCAGCAACAUCAAUGACAAUGGUAGUAACAACAAUAACCGUUCAUUGAUCUAUCUUACCAUCCAAUGGGAAGGUGUCACGUGA